CCAAGCAAAACCCCCAAAAAUAUUGAGAAAAGGAAAAAUAAAAAGUUCUCCAACCAUGGCCUCCAUGAAUCCCUACGGCAAGCUUGACGAAGCUGAGCAAGAACGGCUCGUUGCACGUAGAAGGACACGGAGAAGAAUCACAAUCAUCGCCAUAUCGUCCAUCGUUCUUGUUGCCAUGAUAGUGGGAGCUGUGGUUGGAGCAUCUCAAACGAAAGCUAACAAAUCCCGGGCUGAUGAUGAGUCCCCUUCCUCCAACAUCAAAGCUAUUUGCAGCUCCACAUUAUAUCCCAAUUCGUGCUACAACAGCUUAGCUCCUAUAGUGAAGUCAGGCAGUGUCAAGCCUCAAGACCUGUACAAGCUAUCAGUACAAGUAGCAAUGAAUGAACUCUCCAAGGCCUCCAAGAAUUUCGAUGGUAUCAAAAAGCUUAACAUCACAGAUCAAAGAACACUUGCAGCCAUAGAAAGUUGCCAGGAACUGCUCAGUCUUGCACUGGACCAUCUCAACAGUUCGCUCUCCGUAGAGGACUUGAAAUUCUUGGAAGUGUUUGAUGAUCUGAGAACAUGGCUGAGUUCUGCAGGGACUUAUCAGCAGACCUGCAUUGAUGAACUUGAAUAUGCAUCAAUUGGAUUGAGCACUUUCAUGAAUGACAACUUCAAGAAUUCAACUGAGUACACUAGCAACAGUCUGGCAAUAGUUACCACAUUUGAGGAGUCUAUUAGUGCAUUGGGGGCCAUUGGGAGACGUCGUUUGAUGAGCGUUGGUGGGGUGCCGGAAUGGCUGCCGUAUAAGGAGAGAAAACUGCUGCAGACUCCAAGUUCAAGCAUAAAGGCUGAUGCAGUGGUGGCAAAGGAUGGAUCAGGAAAGUACAAGACAAUAGGGGCUGCUCUUAAGGAUGUUCCUGAUAAGAGUAAGAAGAGGUUUGUUAUCUAUGUGAAGAAAGGGGUUUAUGUUGAGAAUGUGAGGAUUGAGAAGUCAAAGUGGAAUGUGAUGAUGGUUGGUGAUGGCAAGAAUGCAACUAUUGUUUCAGGAAGCCUUAAUGUUGUUGAUGGAACUCCCACUUUCCAAUCUGCAACAUUUGCCGUCUUUGGCCAAGGAUUCAUCGCUCGGGAUAUAGGAUUCCGCAACACAGCUGGUCCAACCAAGCACCAGGCAGUCGCCCUACUAUCGACCGCUGAUCUCUCAGUCUUCUACCGAUGCACCAUGGAUGCAUUCCAAGACACCCUCUAUGUCCACUCCAACCGCCAGUUCUACCGCGAGUGUGACAUCUACGGCACAGUGGACUUCAUUUUUGGAAAUUCAGCAGUUGUCAUUCAAAACUCCAACAUCCUACCCAAGCUGCCCAUGUUGGGCCAACAAAACACCAUCACGGCCCAGGGCAAGUUCGACCCGAACCAAAAGACCGGGAUCUCGAUUCAAAACUGCACCAUUUGGGCCUCAACUAACCUCACCGGAGUGAGCACAUUCUUGGGCCGGCCCUGGAAGAAUUACUCCACCACUGUUUACAUCCAAAAUGUGAUGGGCAGUCUGAUUGACCCAAAGGGCUGGCUCCCAUGGGUCGGCACAUCGGCCCCAAGCACUAUCUUCUAUGCUGAGUAUCAGAACAUGGGCCCUGGUGCAGUGACAAAAAAUCGGGUCAAUUGGAGUGGGCUGAAGCUGAAUAUUUCGUCAUCCCAAGCUAAAAAGUUCACAGUUGGCCCAUUUAUUAAAGGGGAUAAAUGGAUCCCUGCAACGGGUGUUAAUUACAAAUUGGGCCUAUAACUUGGACUUUUGAAUUUUCUAUUUUUUGGUUCCAUUGUUUGGUUUUUAAUCUUCUGUAUUUUCUUGUGUUUGAACUUUUUUUUCUGUUUUUUUUUCCACUCAUUCAUUAUUUGUAAUGGUAUCAAUUCAUUUGUAUCCGGAAGAUCAUUCAAUAAUACGUCGUAUGCUAAGGA